GGGAGAUGUCGGCGGCCGGCUGGGCGGAACCCCUGAGUGCCCCUGGCAGCUUUGCGAAGCGGGUCCUGGUGACCGGGGGUGCUGGUUUCAUAGUGUAAACUCCAUGAAGGCAGCAAGUAAUGUUCACUAAGCACGUGGAAGUAUUGAAUGGAUGAAUGCUGGAGUAAUUUAAAGGGGAGACUCUGUUGCCUGUGAAGAACUGAAUGUCUGUAAAAGAAGAGAGAAUGUGGGAAUUCUUGUUUAUUGCUCAUUAGCACAUUAAAUCAUCUUCUAAUCUGACAGUCACUUGGCCAAAGGUGUCAGGCAGUGCAUCACAUGUGAUUGUCUCUUUAGUAGAAGAUUAUCCAAACUACAUGAUCAUAAAUCUAGACAAGCUGGAUUACUGUGCAAGCUUGAAGAAUCUUGAAACCAUUUCUAACAAACAAAACUACAAAUUUAUACAGGGUGAUAUAUGUGAUGCUCAUUUUGUGAAACGGCUUUUUGAAACAGAGGAAAUCAAUAUAGUACUACAUUUUGCUGCACAGACACACGUAGAUCUUUCAUUUGUCCGUGCUUUUGAGUUUACAUAUGUUAACGUUUAUGGUACUCAUGUUUUGGUAAGUGCUGCUCAUGAAGCCAGAGUGGAAAAAUUUAUUUAUGUCAGCACAGAUGAAGUAUAUGGUGGAAGUCUUGAUAAGGAAUUUGAUGAAUCAUCUCCCAAACAACCUACAAAUCCUUAUGCAUCAUCUAAAGCAGCUGCUGAAUGUUUUGUACAGUCUUACUGGGAACGGUACAAGUUUCCAGUUGUCAUCACAAGAAGCAGCAAUGUUUAUGGGCCACAUCAAUAUCCAGAAAAGGUUAUUCCAAAAUUUAUAUCUUUACUACAACACAACAGAAAAUGCUGCAUUCAUGGAUCAGGGCUUCAAACAAGAAAUUUCCUUUAUGCUACUGACGUCGUAGAAGCGUUUCUCACUGUCCUCAAAAAAGGAAAACCAGGUGAAAUUUAUAACAUCGGAACCAAUUUUGAAAUGUCCGUUGUCCAGCUUGCCAAAGAACUAAUACAACUGAUCAAAGAGACCAGUUCAGAGUCUGAAAUGGAAAACUGGGUUGACUAUGUUAACGAUAGACCUACCAAUGACAUGAGAUAUCCAAUGAAGUCAGAAAAAAUUCAUGGGUUAGGAUGGAAACCCAAAGUGCCUUGGGAUGAAGGAAUAAAGAAAACAAUUGAGUGGUACAAAGAGAAUUUUCACAACUGGAAGAAUGUGGAAAAGGCAUUAGAACCCUUUCCAAUACAAUCACCAUGCGUAUAAUCAGCCAUUUUCAGAGAAAGAAGAAAAUUAUCCUACCUCAUCAGGCAGUAUGCAAUCAAGUGACCAAAUGACGUGCCUUCUUUUCAUUUGGAAUCAGAUCAUAACUUUUUAUAUGACGUUCACUUACAAAAUGCCUCAGUCUUUGGAACAGUUUUCAUAUUGGCCUAAGAUUGUGGAAAUUAGGGAGUGGUAAGCAUAGGAAGACUCUCUCGAGGUGAGUCAGGCAGAAGCCUUCUGGUUCGGAAGGCAGAGGCGCGCAGUGGCUCAAGUGGAUGGCGACCUUGCCUGGCUUUCAACGCAGCCCGCUUCCAGCCUUUUCCAGUGCCCAGGAAGUCUGAAAUUGGUACUUUGAAGCAACGUAUGAUGAAUAUCAUGGUCUAAUUCAUCUUUUUUUAGUCAGAUGUUGUGCUGUAGUUGCUUUAAAAAUGAAAAAAAAAUGGAAGCAUAUCUAGCACUUUUUAACUUUUGAUAAUUUUGUAAAAUUUAAGUUAAAUGCUUUUUGAAAGCUGUAUGGAAACUUUUUAUACUUUCAAAAUCAUUUUAACCUAUAGAUAACCUGAACCACAGAAUUUCUAUCAUGUAUUUACUGUUCUAAAUGAUUUUAUUUAUGAAAUUGUCAGUAUUUUAAUGUAUUUAAUGUAGAAUGUGGCU